AUGGCAUUUAAUGGGCAAACCCCCACGAUUAUCGUGCUGAAAGAGGGAACCGAUGCCUCCCAGGGUCGUGGUCAAAUCAUCUCCAACAUCAACGCAUGUCUGGCGGUUCAGGAUACCAUAAAGUCUACAUUGGGACCAUAUGGUGGGGAUUUACUCCUCGUAGAUGCAAACGGACGACAGACCAUUACGAAUGAUGGUGCUACAGUCAUGAAGUUACUGGAUAUUGUACAUCCUGCCGCCCGGAUAUUGACAGAUAUUGCUCGCUCCCAAGAUGCCGAAGUCGGCGAUGGAACUACCUCGGUUGUCGUCUUAGCUGGGGAGAUUUUGAAGGAGAGUAAGCAGUUUGUGGAGGAAGGGGUUAGCUCACAGGUCAUAAUCAAGGGAUAUAGAACUGCUGCUAGAUUGGCCGAGAACAAGAUCAAGGAAAUUGCGGUUAGAAUUGAAAAGGGGGACAGGAGAGAUACUUUGCUGAAGUUGGCAACAACCGCUAUGAGCUCGAAGCUUAUCAAGAGGAAUUCUACCUUCUUUGCUAAGAUGUGUGUGGAUGCGGUCAUGUCAUUGGACCAAGAGGAGCUCAAUGAAAGGCUUAUCGGAAUGAAGAAAGUACCCGGAGGUGGUUUGCAAGACUCGCUAUUUGUCAAUGGUGUGGCUUUCAAGAAAACCUUCUCUUAUGCCGGUUUUGAACAACAACCCAAGUCCUUCAAGAACCCUAAAAUUGUGUGCUUAAACGUUGAGUUGGAACUGAAGAGUGAAAAGGAUAAUGCCGAGGUUCGAGUAGAGCAGGUUUCAGAAUACCAAGCUAUAGUAGACGCCGAAUGGCAAAUCAUUUUCCAAAAACUCGAGGCGCUGGCGAAUACUGGGGCAAAGGUCGUUCUCUCAAAACUGCCAAUUGGAGAUCUUGCCACACAGUAUUUCGCCGAUAGAGACAUCUUCUGUGCUGGUCGUGUCACUGCGGAUGAUAUGGAUCGCGUUGUCAAGGCCGUCGGAGGCAGUGUCCAAUCCACCUGCUCAGACAUCCACGACAAACAUUUGGGAACUUGUGAAAGCUUUGAGGAACGCCAAAUUGGUGGUGAGCGUUUUAAUUUCUUCGAGGGUUGUCCUGCAGCCAAGACUUGCACUCUGGUCCUUCGUGGUGGUGCCGAGCAAUUCAUCGCUGAAGUUGAACGUUCCCUCCACGAUGCUAUUAUGAUUGUUAAGAAGGCUGUUAAAAACGACUACAUUGUUGCUGGCGGUGGUGCCCUGGAGAUGGAGAUCUCCAAGUACCUCCGCGAGUACUCCCGCACCAUUGCCGGUAAGCAGCAGCUCAUUAUCGCUGCUUUUGCAAAGGCGCUUGAAAUCAUUCCCCGACAAUUGUGCGAUAACGCUGGCUUCGAUGCCACUGAUAUCUUGAACAAACUUCGUAUGCGUCACCAUAACGGUGAGACUUGGGCUGGGGUUGACAUCGUUAACGAGGGCAUCGCAAAUAACUUGGAGAAGUUUGUGUGGGAGCCUACUGCCGUCAAGAUCAACGCUAUUCAGGCUGCCACUGAAGCAGCUUGUUUGAUCUUAUCGGUCGAUGAAACUGUAAAGAAUAAGGAAUCAGAACAGCCGCAAGGCGGUCCUCCCAUGCCCCGUGGUGCAGCCCAGCGGGCCAUGAGAGGGAGAGGAAGGGGUAUGCCAAGGCGAUAG